GGAUUUUCUUUUUUUCUUGUUUGGGAAAUCAAAUGGGAGUGAAGGUGUUGUUGCACUGAUGUCACUGUUUUGGGUUAUGAUUCCUCAACUAGCUGAAAUUCAAGAACAAAUGGUAAAAGAGUGGUUCGAGAACCGACUUUACCCUCAAAGUUUUGUCCCGACACAGAAGACAGCUUAGGGGUGUCUCUUUAAAGUCACUAAAGCUUCCUCCAAGAAAGUGAUUAUGAGGGAAGAGUGGGAAAAGAGAUUGAAUCAUAUUAGAAUAAGGAAAGAAGACAUGAAUAAAUUGGUAAUGAACUUUCUUGUUACUGAGGGAUAUGCCGAAGCUGUGGCAAAAUUCCGGAUGGAAACGGGAACCGAACCUGAUAUGGAUGUUGCAAUGAUCAUGGAUCGUAUGGCUGUUAAAAAGGCAGUACAAUGUGGAAACGUUGAGGAUGCGAUUGAGAAAGUUAAUGAUCUAAAUCCCGAGAUAUUGGAUACAAAUCCGGAACUCUUUUUCCAUCUUCAACAGCAGAGAUUGAUAGAACUGAUUCGGAAUGAAAAAAUAGAAGAAGCCUUGGAGUUUGCUCAAGAGGAGCUAGCACCUAGGGGAGAAGAAAAUCAAAGCUUUUUAGAAGAGUUGGAGAGGACCGUUUCACUCUUGGUUUUCAAAGACGUUUCGAACUGUCCCGUAAGAGAGCUUUUGGAUAUUUCACAGCGCCUUAAGACAGCAAACGAGGUCAAUGCAGCCAUUCUUACUAGCCAGAGUCAUGAAAAAGACCCAAAGCUUCAUAGCUUGCUAAAGAUGCUGAUAUGGGCACAAAAUCAACUAGAUGAAAAAGCUACUUAUCCUCGGAUAAAAGAUUUUUUGAAAGCCACACUUGAAAAUCCCGCUGUUUGAAAGGUUAGCAAAAUCAUUAUAACCUCUUCAUUGUGAUUAUAGCUCCGAAUUUAUUGGAUGUCAUUGAUUAAGACAUGGUUUUUUUUAGAAGAAUUAGUUGCCUUUGUUCAUAGGUGAAGUCAAGUGCCCCUUUGUAUAUUUGAUGAUCAUGCAUUUUUUCAUAGGGAUUCCAUUUAACAUUUUUUUAAGCAAAAAAAGAAAAAAGGUUAAUCAAUUUAAAAUAUUACUGGAAA